AUGACGCGUUUGAGAAGCUUAAACCAUACUGAUCAUUAUCCUACAGGACAACACGACACCAGGCAGUCAGAACCAUGCGGGCAGAUCAGCAGGUCGUUCUCGGGAGACAGCACAUACGUGCCGGCAGACACAGCGUUAGCAUGUCUGCGCUCGGUGCCCCUCGACAAGAGCGGCGGCGCUCAACAGCUCACGGGUCUGAGGACGCUCGUUGGCUUUCAGAGUGAUCUGUCAUACCUCAUCAAACCGCCACCAGGAUAUCUCUACCCAGCAGUGGACAUCAUGGGCGGCCUAGACAAGAUCGAAGACAACCUCAACAGCAACUUCUAUUCCAAUGAAUACGACUAUCAGCUCGACAUCUACAAGCUAAUCAACGCUGCCUAUGAUGGUCAUUUCGCGUACACACCUGACAUCAUCGGCGUCUUCUACUUCCUUCGGCUCAUCUCCGAAAGUCUUGAAGGGGGGCAGCCAGAACUCUACCAGAUCUUCUCCGUGUCUGACGACGGCACCAGUUUGCCGGACGUUUACGCCGUACUGGACGCGGACGCGCUGAUUGACACCAGCAGUGCGCAGUACAAACCUUCGCCAAUUACUCAGAUCAACGGCGACGAUGUCGAGGACUGGCUCAACACGUAUGCUGCUACUAGUGGUACUGGAAAGCAACAGGACCCGGACUCGCAGUACAAUGGACUAUUCCCAUCUAUCCCUGGUAAUAGCGUCCCAUCUCUCGUGGGAGGAUACGGCAAUACGUUCGCUCAGGCUACCAUCUAUCAAGGCACUGAUACUGUCUUGAAGUUUGCGAACGGCACGACCCGACACGUCAUCACUGAAGCAGCUGUUUCAGCGGAUUCGGCUCGGAUGUUCGCGAGGAGUGUUACAGACGGUGCCAGCUUUUUCCGGGCCUUCUGCUCCGGCAACAUCCUCAACCAGCUUUCUGGCGGCUCAAGCAGCUACGCUCCUUCGCUUUCGCCAUCUAGCAGCGCCUUUCCGGCGUUCAGCAGCUUCCCGGCGAAGCGAGACAUCGUCACCGAACGUGCUGCUCCACAGCCAUCCAGCGGAGUGUUCGAAUCAUUUAGCGCCUUCCCGUCUUUCAGCAACGUUCCUCUCAGCAGCCCCCUCGCGUCUUCAUUCGCGCUGCCAAGUGCAUCAGGGUCCGCCGCUGUACCCAGCUCGCAAGUGCCUUACAAGGCGGUGCCAACAGGUGGUGUCAGAGGGUACAGCCCGAACUUCCCCGACCCUUUUGUCGUCUCGGAUGAUUACGCUGUUGCUGGAUACUUCCCAGAAUCGGAGGACGACCUUGCCGUGCUGACGAUUCCUACUUACGAACCGGCAAGUGAAUCUCAGUUCUCGAACGUCGUGCGCAAGUUGCUGGCGACUGCCAAGGCCAAUGGCAAGACGAAGCUCAUCAUUGAUCUGAGAGGCAACCCCGGUGGUAUCGCUCUUCUGGCCACAGAUACCUUCAAGCAGCUCUUCCCGCCUCAGGAUCCUUACGGUGCUGGCAACUACCGCGCCAACGCUCUGUUCAACUUCACCGGGCAGAGUUUCUCGGAUUUCUUUGAGGGCACUUCGGGCUCGGAAGCAAAGCAAGACGGCACUGACGACUUCUAUGCUGGCACACCCUUCAACGUGGACAAUGAAGUGACAAAAGCCGCAAAGGAUUUCAACUCCUGGGCGGACUUUUUCGGUCCGAAUUUUAUCCACGGCGACAACUACACCGACCUCACGAGGUGGAACUUGAGUGAUCCAGACCAGCGACUGGGUUUUUACAUCUACGGCUACGGCGAGAAUGACAAGCCUCAACCCCAGACAUUCGAAGCAAACAACAUCGUGCUGCUCCAGGACGGCGCAUGCGCGUCAACUUGCACUCUAUUCGCCGAAUUGAUGAAGAACCAAGGCCACGUCAGAUCCAUCGUUGUCGGUGGGCGUAAGCAAAACGGACCCAUGCAGGCUAUCGGCGGUGUCAAAGGCGCCAACGUCCUGGGCAUGUUGACCAUCUUCCAGCUCGUUGCUACAGCUUACCAAGUCGCUUCGAGAGCUAUGCAGUCUCAGUUCGAAACCGAGUUUGGCGUGGACCUGUUCAACUCGGUCACAAGGGCGCUCAGCAGGGCUGCGCCCGGCGGCUCCUCGCUCGUGCAAGCUUCCUUCAAUUUUCGUAACAACUUCCGCGAAGGCGACUCCUCGAAUACGCCGUUGCAGUUUGUCUACGAGGCUGCGGAUUGGCGCUUCUUCUACACGGCGAAGAUGUACGCUUCGCAGGAACUGGUGUGGUCAAAGGCGUACGACAUCGUCUGGGGCAACGCUGAUGCUGUGCCUGACUCGACCGGAGAGGUCUCGAGCAGCUUCGGGAACGGAUACAUUAUGAACCCGCCACCGGACAACGCUGCGUCCGACGAUACGAUCUAUCCGGCCAAGAACCUCGGAAAGCCUGUGAAACCGUCCGCGACGCAACAAUUUAAUAACCCUCAGAGGACUGGUGGUGGUGGUGGUGGUGGUGGUGGCGGCGAUGGAGGCAGUGGCGCCGCUGGGUUGUCGGUGUCUGUAGGCGGGAUGCUUGUGGCGCUUGCUGCUACGAUGUUCUUCUUGUAG